GGCAAUAAAAGAGACAGGGAGCCCCAAAGAGGCUCUGUAAAAAAAAAAAAGAAAGAAAGAAAGAACAAAAAAAAGGACUCCUACAACUCUAAAUGGUACAUUCAGCACUUUUUCCUAUAAAUUCCAAAUGUCCUCAGAUCCAGAACAUCACAAUUCUUGAUGCUGCACACCGCUGAUUGGGCAUCCCCAGCAGAGGCCAGAGGAGCCACGGGGAACCACACCACUGUCACCGAGUUCAUCCUGCUGGGGCUCUCAGAGGCCUGUGAGCUGCAGAUGCUCCUCUUCCUGGGGCUCCUCCUGACCUACCUGCUCACUCUACUGGGGAACCUCCUCAUCGUGGUCCUCACCCUCAUGGACAGGCGCCUCCAUACCCCCAUGUACUACUUCCUCCGCAAUUUUGCUGUCCUAGAGAUCUGGUUCACCUCGGUCAUCUUCCCCAAGAUGCUGACCAACAUCCUGACUGGAAACAGGACCAUCUCCCUGGAAGGCUGUUUCCUACAGUGUUUCCUCUAUUUCUUCCUGGGCACCACGGAGUUCUUCCUACUGGCAGUGAUGUCCUUUGACAGGUAUGUGGCCAUAUGCAACCCCUUGCGUUAUGUCACCACCAUGAGCAAAAGGGUCUGUGUCCAGUUAGCUCUAUUUUCAUGGAUCAUGGGAUUCCUUCUUAUAGCCAUUCCAUGUUCCAUCAUAUUUCAGCAACCAUUCUGUGGUCCCAAUAUCAUUGAUCAUUUCUUCUGUGAUAGCUUUCCACUCCUGGAACUCAUAUGUGCAGACACAAGUCUGAUCGAGCUUCUGGGUUUCAUCCUGGCCAAUGUCAGUCUCCUGGGCACUCUGUCCAUGACGGCUACCUGCUAUGGUCACAUCCUCCACACCAUCCUGCACCUCCCCGCAGCCAAGGAGAGGUGGAAAGCCUUCUCAACCUGUUCCUCCCACAUCACUGUUGUCUCUCUCUUCUAUGGCAGCUGCGUCUUCAUGUAUGUCCGGUCGGGCAAGGGCGGCCAGGGGGAGGACAGGAACAAGGUGGUGGCCUUGCUCAACACUGUGGUGACCCCAGUGCUCAAUCCCUUCAUCUACACCCUCAGGAACAAACAGGUGAAGCAGGUGUUUAGGGAGCAGGUGAACAAGCUCUUCUAA